CAGCUAUUUCGAUGGUUGACCGAAAAUAUCAGUUUGCUGUCCUCAAGUCAGAUGGAUGCAAAAUGAAGCGCGUCUCAGAAUAGCAGAGAAAAAGCCACAUGCAGGCAAGUCUGUCACACUGUCAUCCGUUCCCGCCCGCUUGUCCGCUCUAUGUCGAUCGAUCGUCGGUUCCGGCUUGUUCUCGUAUUCAGAUGUGGGCAAAGAUGAUGCGCGUGAUAGCGUUGUACUCAGCUGCUUCGUCCUUCAGCUUGUCGAGCUGACAAACAAUGACCACCAACAUGAACAAUAACUGGCUUAAGAUUAUCUCACCUCUUCCUGCGGGCCCGAAAUCACACAGGACUCCAGAUUCACGAGUUUCUGGAAUUUGUCACGUCCCUCCUUCACAGCACCACCCUGCUGGAGGUGCUUCUUCAGAGACGCAGCACUGCAGUUAGCCAAUACAUUCAAUCAAUCAAGGCAAAGUGGCGGCGUCAAAAGAGGGGGCAUUUCUCACCUGUCAUAGGCCUCUUGGGCGCAGACAUAGGCGUCCGCCUGUGUGCCGGCUGUCGACCAGUAGUAGUAAAGGACCCCGCUGAUUUCGAGACCGUCCUUCGCCUGGCAGAAAGACAUGCAUGCCAUGGACAGCCCCAACCGCAGCAAAGGUUUUCCCUUACAUUCUUGACGAACACAUCGUUGACUAUCUUCUUGACGGCCUCCAUCUUUCCAUCCUUCACCCGGUACUUGGCCAUCAUCUGCAGAGGGUCGCCCCGCAAUGCCCCGAGAAAAUGACCUGGAAAAUGACUGAGGCGGAGACUUUUGCGGUCGUGCUUACCGUGACCAUAGUAUUGCAGCCUUCUACGGCCUUCCAGCACGCCAUCUUCAAAAGAAUUUCGGUAGCUGCGGUUUCCC